CCCCGCACCACCGCGGCCUCCCUCCGGCAAGGCACGCACAGGGAGGCACCAGAAACCACCAGAGCUCCUGUGGAGCACACGACGGCCACCACUGAGACCCCCCAGCACCCGGAGGAGCUGGAGAGGAGACCAAAGGGGAAGCAAGGGAACAAAGAGAGGCGUGAGCAAGAAAGAGCCCCCCACUCUAAAAUGAAAAAGCACGUCAGGAAAGAAGAGCCAGCAAACAGCACGUACCAGGGCUUGACAGAGGGGAAUUUAACAGAGCCGAGCUGGGCAAAGUCUUCCCAUGAAACCCUCGAGGGAAAUGAUUUCCCCAAGGUGAAGUUCAGUGCAACGACCUCCCCUCCUGUUGCUCUCCAGGAAGACCGCAGCCAGUCCUCCCCAAAGCAGUCCCAGACGCUGUAUCGGUACCACCCCGAGGAGGACGGGGACCCCAACUCCAUCCACGCCAACCCCAGGCUGCCAGAAGGUUCCACGAAGGAAUUGAUUGAGAGCUGCUGUGGAGCUGGACAACAGUGGGCCAUAGACAAUGGGGAGUGCACAGAAAUCCCUGUGAGUGGAAUGGAUGGUGACAUUUGCAGGAUUGCCCAGAAGCAGUGCUGUGUGUCCACGGUGCGGGAGAACAGCUGCCUGGCCGGGAUGGUCGCUGCCAAGGAGGGCGACACGUGCGGCCCCGAGGACGGUGACCCCUGCACGGGGUCAUCCUACAAGCAAUGCUGUGACUGCUGCAGUCUGGGCCUGAGACUGAGGAGUGAGGGCAAAACCUGCGAGUCCAACAUCAACCUGGGCUACCCCUGCAGCCAUGUGAUGCUGUCCUGCUGUGAGGGGGGGGACCACUUCAUCCAUCCAGAAAUCAAAAGGCAUCCUGAGCCCCUGCCAACAGUGACACCUGAGAAGGUUUCAGAGAGGGAGGAUCACAAUGAAGCUCUGUCCAUCAGCAGUGAAGCUGAACUAUCCAACAGCCUGCCUGGAGAUGACCUGGAUGAGUGUCUCCUCUACGGUGGGGAGCUCUGCCAGCAUUUGUGCAUCAACACCGUGGGCUCCUACAAGUGCUCGUGUUUCCCAGAUUUCACCUUGCAGGAUGAUGGGACCAGCUGCUCUCCAGAUCCUGACAGGGCACAGGUGACAAGGCUGGAAGCUGAAGCCACCAUCCCUCCAGUAGCCUCUCCCUCUCAGCCCAUUCUGGUGGUGUCCUUGCAGGAGGAGCAGGACCAGUGUAAAGAUAACGGGCCCUGCAAGCACCUCUGCAACGUGGUGGAAGGAGAGGCCGUGUGCUCCUGCCUGGCUGGGUACACCCUCAUGGCUGAUGGUGUGUCCUGUGAAGAUUUGGAUGAGUGCCUCACAGGUGCUUGUUCCAGCGGACAAUUAUGUGAGAACACACUGGGAUCAUUCUCCUGUGUCAGCCACAGUGGGAUGUGUGCAGAGGGCUUUAUUCUCAACAGGCAUAGGAAAUGUGUUGACAUUAAUGAGUGUGUGACAGAGAGACACACCUGCCAGCGCAGAGAGCACUGCGUCAACACCAUGGGCUCCUUCAGGUGCCUGCAGGAGCUGACCUGCCAGCCAGGCUAUGAGCUCAAGGAUGGGGACUGUGUUGAUAUUGAUGAGUGUGAGAGAGGAACUCACAGCUGCAAAGUCAACUUUGUUUGUCAGAACACAGAAGGGUCCUUCUACUGUGAGUCAAAGCAGCGCUGCAUGGAUGGGUUUCUGCAAGAUCCUGAGGGAAACUGUGUUGAUAUUAAUGAAUGCACGUCCCUCCCUGAGCCCUGUAAACCAGGAUUCAACUGCAUCAACACAGUUGGGUCUUACACCUGCCAGAGGAACAUGCUGAGCUGCAGCAGAGGAUACCACUCCAACGAGGAGGGCACCCGCUGCGUCGAUGUGGAUGAGUGUCAGACUGGUGUGCACCGCUGUGGGGAGGGGCAGAUCUGCCACAACCUCCCCGGGGCUUAUCGCUGUGACUGCAGGAUGGGCUUUCAGUACGACGCCUUCAGCAGGAGCUGCAUCGAUAUAAAUGAGUGCUGGAACUACCCCGGGCGCCUGUGCCAGCACACGUGUGAGAACACCCCUGGCUCCUACCACUGCACUUGCUCCUCUGGGUUCCGCUUGUCCUACGAUGGCAAACACUGUGAAGAUGUGAAUGAAUGUGAUAACAGUCCCUGCAGCCAGGAGUGUGCCAAUGUUUAUGGCUCCUACCAGUGCUACUGCAGGCAAGGUUUCCAGCUGGCAGAAGAUGGGCAUUCCUGUAAAGACAUUGAUGAGUGCACACAGAGUGCAGGCAUCCUCUGCACCUUCCGCUGCGUGAACGUUCCUGGCAGCUACCAGUGUGCUUGUCCUGAGCAGGGAUACACCAUGGCAGCCAAUGGAAGGACCUGUCGAGAUAUUGAUGAGUGUGCAAUAGGAACCCAUAACUGCUCAACUGCAGAGACCUGCUACAACAUCCAGGGCAGCUUCCGCUGCCUGUCCUUCGAGUGCCCUUCCAACUACAGAAAAGUGUCUGACAUGAGGUGUGAACGCAUCAGCUGCUUUAACUACCUGGACUGCCAGAACACCCCGGUGAGAAUCACCUACUACCAGCUCAACUUCCAGACCAACAUCGUGGUCCCAGCCCACAUUUUCCGGAUCGGCCCCUCCCCUGCCUACGCCGGGGACAACAUCAUCCUCACCAUCACCCAGGGCAACGAGGAGGGCUACUUCAGCACCCGCAGGCUCAACUCCUACACCGGCAUCGUGUACCUGCAGCGCCAGGUCAAGGAGCCCAAAGACUUCCUGUUGGAUGUGGAGAUGAAACUGUGGCGCCAGGGAACAUACACCACUUUUCUUGCCAAAAUUUACAUCUUCAUCACGGCUCAUGCGUACUGAGGCCUGUGCUGACGGGGGAUUUGAUUGGUGCUAUGCUCUUUACCUGUUCUACCAAAGCUUAAUACUGUUGAACUGGCAUUUAAUGUAUCUAGCCUUUAUAUUAUUUUUCUAUCAUUGCUUUAAACUUUUUUAUUGGUUGUGUAAAUUAAGUUAAUUUUUAUCUUUUGAUGUUUUGUUUCCUUAUGCAGUUCUGUGCAUCAUCAUUUGCCAGCCAACGAAGGAAGGGUUGGAAGGCAGCACAUGCCUUGUGCUGAAUGCUGGAACCUUUUCCUAGCCAUUGUUUUUAGGUGUAGUCGCCUCUGCAGGGUAUUGCACUAGAGAGGGAAGAUGUUCACGUGGGAGCAUUGGGAAAAAAGCUUUGAGGGCUUUCUCUUGCUGACACAAAGUCGUGGCUUGGCUCAGCCAGUGCCUUCCCUGGGGCUGAGAUGCUGUGUCGGGGCCGUACGUGGACACUGAUGGUCAACCCACCUCCUGGGAUUAUUCUCCUCCUUCCAACUUUCAUAAUAUGUUGCCUUAAAAUAUAUAUAAAUAAAAGAAAACUCCUCCAGUGAAAAA